GUAUAUAUAUGUUGAUUCAAGAUCAGAAACCUUGGAGAGUGUAAUAAAAAAGAAAGCCCAUUUGUCUUAAAAGGAGCUUAAGUGAAAAAGAAGAUGAAGUUGCAAAUAUAUAGCAAUCGCCUUUCUCAACCUUGCCGUGCUGUUAUUAUCUUCUGCAAGCUUAAUGGGAUUGAAUUUGAAGAGAUUGAUGUUUCUCUUGCAAAGGGUCAGCAGUUCAAGGCUGAAUUCAAAGCAAUAAACCCAAUGGCCAGAGUGCCAGCAAUUGUUCAUGGAAGUUACAAGCUCUUUGAGAGCCAUGCGAUUCUUAUCUAUCUUGCUUGUACAUUUCCUGGAGUUCCAGACCACUGGUAUCCAGCUGAUAUACAACAAAGAGCAAAGAUCCACUCGGUUUUAGAUUGGCAUCAUUCAAAUUUACGACUGGGGGAAGCUGGGUAUGUUCUGGAUAGUAGACUUAGACCUCUACUUGGUGGUAAAUUAAAUCUAGAAGCUGCUGCAGUUAAUGAGAAACUUCUGUCCAAAUCUCUUGCAAAAAUUGAAACUUUUUGGCUCCGAGGAGAUGGUAAGUUUCUGCUGGGAAACUUUCAGCCGUCCAUUGCAGAUCUCAGCUUAGUGUGUGAAAUCAUGCAAUUAGAGAUUGUGCCUGAAAUCGAUCGUAAUCGAAUACUAAGUCCACACAAGAAAGUUCUGCAAUGGAUGGAGGAUACCAAGAACGCAACUAACCCUUACUUCGACGAAUUACAUUCAUUCAUAUUGGAGCUCAAAGCCGUGUUGAAAGCAGACAGUUCAGUUGGAGUAACCGAAGAGACUAAGCAGAGGAGCCAAGCAGUGCUAUCUAAGUUGUAAGGAAGGAACACCUGAAUGUGGUAUGUGCCUCUUUUGGUUUAGAGCUCAGUUUUGCCACAUGUUGUGAGAGAAUAAAGAUGAAGAGCCUGGUGUGCAAGAAUAUAUGCUUUUGUUCCUAAUAAAUUAUAGGCUGAGGUUUACAUUAUUAUUUCGACCAUUUUGUAGUUGUAUAACAUUCUGUUAUCAGAAACUUCAAAAGUAUGAAAAAUAAGGUGGUUUCACAGCUAUAA